GAAAGAAGGUUUCCUACAUGUCCUCUGAUCCCUAUGUUUGUAGCCAGUGACACUGUAAAUGAAUACAAGAGUGAGGAUGAAGCUAUCCAUGUGAUUGAACGGCGCUGUAAGCUGGAUAUAGAUGCACCACGGCUGUUGAAAAAGAUUGCAGGAGUGGAUUAUGUCUACUUUGUCCAGAAGAAUUCUUUGAACAGACGAGAAAGAACUUUGCAUAUAGAAGCCUACAAUGAAACCUUCUCUAAUAGAGUCAUUAUUAACGAACACUGCUGUUACACAGUUCAUCCUGAGAAUGAAGACUGGACCUGUUUUGAACAGUCAGCAAGUCUGGAUAUAAAAUCUUUUUUUGGUUUUGAAAGCACAGUGGAAAAAAUUGCCAUGAAGCAGUACACCAGCAAUAUUAAAAAGGGAAAAGAAAUAAUAGAAUACUACCUGAAGCAGCUGGAGGAAGAAGGAAUAACUUUUGUUCCUCGUUGGACUCCUCCUGUUGCAUGUAAAUUGGAGAGCAGCACAUCCCACACAAGACGACCAGUUUCACCCGCUAUUAAUAUACCAGACUCUGCCACAAAGGAGGGCUUGAACAAUAAGGAGAUCCUCAACACCUCAAGCAGCCCCUCGGUGCCCACAGCAGGAACGCCUGAUGACAAGCUAGAUGCAGACUACAUCAAGCGGUAUCUGGGUGACUUGACGCCAAUGCAGGAGAGCUGCCUCAUUCGACUGAGACAGUGGCUCCAGGAAACACACAAGGGCAAAAUCCCAAAGGAUGAGCACAUUUUAAGGUUCCUGCGUGCCCGGGACUUCAACAUUGAUAAAGCAAGAGAGAUCCUUUGCCAGUCUCUGACGUGGCGUAAGCAGCACCAGGUAGACUAUAUUCUAGACACCUGGAACCCUCCUCAAGUACUCCAAGAUUACUAUGCAGGAGGCUGGCAUCACCAUGACAAAGAUGGUCGCCCGCUGUACGUGCUGAGGUUGGGACAGAUGGAUACCAAAGGCUUAGUGCGAGCUCUUGGGGAAGAGGCCUUGCUUCGAUACGUUCUUUCUAUAAACGAAGAAGGACUGAGGCGAUGUGAGGAGAACACGAAAGUAUUUGGCAGGCCAAUAAGCUCUUGGACCUGUCUAGUAGACCUAGAAGGCUUGAACAUGCGUCAUUUAUGGAGACCUGGUGUCAAAGCAUUGCUAAGAAUUAUUGAGGUGGUCGAAGCUAAUUACCCCGAGACUUUGGGUCGUCUUCUUAUCCUACGAGCACCUCGAGUAUUCCCAGUUCUUUGGACACUGGUUAGUCCGUUCAUUGAUGACAACACUAGAAAGAAAUUCCUUAUUUAUGCUGGAAAUGACUACCAGGGUCCUGGGGGACUGCUGGAUUACAUCGAUAAAGAAAUUAUCCCUGAUUUUCUUGGUGGAGAGUGCAUGUGUGAAGUACCAGAGGGUGGGCUGGUUCCUAAGUCCCUCUACCGGACAGCAGAAGAGUUGGAAAAUGAAGACAUAAAGCUUUGGACUGAAACAAUCUACCAGUCUGCAAGUGUCUUCAAAGGAUCUCCGCAUGAGGUUCUCAUUCAGAUUGUGGAUGCCUCCUCUGUGAUCACAUGGGAUUUUGACGUGUGCAAGGGUGACAUCGUUUUUAACAUCUUUCAUUCCAAAAGAGCCCCGCAGCCUCCUAAAAAGGACUCUCUGGGAGCUCACAGUAUUACAUCUCCUGGUGGGAACAACGUCCAGUUGAUAGACAAAGUCUGGCAGUUGGGGCGUGAUUACAGUAUGGUGGAGUCUCCCCUUAUCUGCAAAGAAGGAGAGAGUGUGCAGGGAUCACAUGUGACCAGGUGGCCUGGCUUCUAUAUUCUCCAGUGGAAAUUUCAUAGCAUGCCUGCCUGUGCUGCAACCAACCUGCCUCGUGUGGAUGAUGUAUUAGCAUCUCUACAGGUCUCCUCUCACAAAUGUAAAGUGAUGUACUAUACAGAAGUAAUAGGAUCUGAAGAUUUCAGGGGAUCUAUGACCAGUCUUGAAUCAAGCCACAGUGGAUUCUCCCAGCUCAGUGCUGCCACCACCUCUUCUAGCCAGUCCCAUUCCAGCUCCAUGAUUUCCAGGUAGUGCCACAACAGACAAAUGGAUGAGAUGGCUGGACCCUCGCCUGUGGCAGCUGACUGCAAUACAGCAUAUUCAACUGGCAAUUGAGCAAAAAAAACCCCACCCCACAAAAGCCUUUUAUAGAUAGUAAAGUAGCUGUUUGAAUUUUAAACUUAGUGGUUUUGGUUCUUGUUAGAUCCAACAGCUUGUCUCUUAACUUUAACCCUUUUUCCUAACUCAGCCAUAAAUAUUUUUGCAAGCAUGCUUGCACAAAUCCUAACUCUAAACACAAGGGCUCUUAUUGAAAGGGAAAAUAACCAGUGCAUCAGUUAAGAAUUUUUUUAACUGUGUAAAUGUUAAAUAGCAAAAAAGAGGAAAAAAAAACCCUACCAAAAAUGCUCUGUAGUUCAUUAGAGAUCAACUGCAAGUCUCCUGUCAGGACAUUCCUUGCCAUCUUAAGAAAUCCCCUGUGAUCUUCCAGUGCUGCAAACUGUUCUCCCAUUGCCUCUAAGUGAUGUCCGAGACAAAGAAAAGCAGUUGCUGGAUACUUGACUUUGUGAGUCCAUUUUUUUCAAAGCAUGCCCACAGAGCU